CUCGGUUCCCAUAGCAACAGCAGGUUACAAACAAUGGGUUACUAUGGUACCAGUGGCUUGAGGGAGUCUCGGUCAGUCCGGUCAGUCAUCUCUACACAGCGCCAAAAUGGAAGAGCAAGAUUUACAAAAAGUUGAUAAAAGAUUUGAAUACUUAGGGAACUACGUAUUGAAAACGUUUCAACUUAAAUCUGACAUUUGGCAAAAAUGUCUUGCAAAUGAGGAACAAAGACAAACAAUUCAAGACUUUUUGGACAAAUCAGAUCCUACAACUCUUGUUGUUACGCUAAACUCCUCGGGACAGCUGAUAGCUUCAUUCGGGUUUGUAGAAACCCAGAAGAACAGAACAAUAUAUUUUUCUAAGCGGAGUAACAAAACAUUGUCUGUUAAUACAAUAAAAACGGAUUUAAUCUAUGGAGACAUUGUGCACUCUCCUUUGGUGUAUUUCUCCGAAGUGGUGAACGAGGUUGUGGUACCAAUGCUGUCCAACAAGAGGAACCACCACAACUUGCCUCAAGUUGUUUCUCAGGACCUCAUUCGACAUGUCCAUCCUUUUAAAAACAGCGUGUUUGUUACUAUGGGAGUGGUCAAAGGCAAAACUGUACUUCCUCUACCUGCAGGAUCUGAUAGAUUUGAGGAAGCUGCUUAUGAUAGAGAAAAGAGUGGACAUCUCAUGGAUAAAAGCCUUAUACACUCUAUGGAGACGGUUGUGAUCGAUUGGAGUAAUCAGAUCUAUAAAGUCUUGAAGAAAGAUUCUUCUGAGCCACUGCUCGAAGGCAAAAACCCAACUCCGCAUGUGGAGAUCAGCUUUUGGAAAAACAGAUUUGCUGAUCUUCAGGGCAUACAUAGCCAAUUCAAGUCUCCCAAAAUUAUGAAAAUGACUGAGCUUUUGCUUGCUGUGGACAGCAUUUACUAUCCUGCUUUUGAAAAAAUGCUCCAGGAUGUUGUUGGAGCUCGAAAUGAGGCAAGAGAGAUCAGUGUCUUUCUCAAGCCGAUAGCGAGACUUGUAGAAGACCUGGAGAACGUAGAAUUCAAUGAGGUAAAGGGGAGGAUUGCUCCUCUUAUGCACACCAUGUGUUUGAUUUGGGCGAACUCCAAAUACUACAACACCCCAGCCAGAAUCAUUGUGCUUUUACAGGAGAUCUGCAACCUCCUCAUCCGGCAGGCUCGGAGUUACCUGAACCCAGAAGACAUCCUGAAAGGUGACGUGAUGGAGAGCCUCUCACGAGUACAAAUUGCUAUAGAUGUUCUCACACAUUUCAAGAGCACAUAUGAGGAACAAAAAGCCAACCUGAGUCUGUUAAAAAAAAAUGAGAAGGAGGUUAAACCAUGGGAUUUCUCCCCCCUCAUGGUGUUUGCUGGGCUCAAUCACUUUAUGAAGAGACUAAGAACAAUUGAAACCUUGCUGCUGACUGUAGUUGAUAUGAUGAAGUUGGAAAAGCUUGAGUUCGGAGGCAUCCAGGGGAAAUCUCUCAGUCAGCAGGUCCAGUGGUUACAUGAGGAAUUCUUGGAGACCUACAAAGUAUUCUCUGAGAAGACAUAUGACUGCCUUGAUGUUAGUAAUGUGGAGUUCGAGGUCGAUUUCAUGAAGUUCCAGAACAAGGUCGAUGAUGCUGACUGUCGCUUGGGUGCAAUAUUUUGUCGUGUUUUUGAUGAUGCUUCUGAUUUGGAGCAUGCAUUCAAGGUUUUGGACAUGUUUGGCAGUCUGUUGGAACGACCCCUAAUAGCAGCCAAAGCUCAGUCAAGAUAUCCAAUACUGAUCACAAUGUUUGACAAUGAACUGGAAUGUUGCAGAAGACUCUUUAAAAGCCAGAUACAGAUUGAGGAAGCCGAUGGUUAUAUGCCCAUCUCCAAGAACAUGCCUGCUGUUGCUGGAGGCCUGAAAUUCAUUCAGCAAUUGCAGGAACGCAUACAGAAUCCUUAUAAUAACUUCCGAUUCAUCAAUCACCCAUGUUUGGAGUCUGUGGAUGGAAAGGAAAUUAUCCAGAAAUACGAUGAGUUGGUGCAGCUACUUAUACGAUACUCAUCUAAACUGUGUGAUGUCUGGACUCAGUCUGUAACUGAGAAGUCACAAUAUAAUCUCCAGAAGCCAUUGAUAUCCCGUGACUCUAGUACAAGACUCAUCUCUGUCAACUUCAGCCCGCAGCUGGUGUCACUUCUGCGAGAGGUGAAAUAUCUGGAGGCUAGACAGGCUGAGGUCAUACCAGAAUCGGCCGCUGACAUUUAUUCCAACAGGGAGCUGCUGUGGCAGUAUGUGGCCAAUCUGGAACUAACAGCCAACUGGUACAACAAAAUAAUGGGCACUGUGCUUGAGGUUGAGCUUCCACUGAUCCAGGACCAGCUGAGAGAUAUUGAUGCCAAGCUCAAAGAGGCUGAGGAGAGCCUCUGUUGGACGAGCCAAGGAAUUUGGGAAUACAUCCAGGAUGUACGUGAGACGGUCUAUGACAUGGAACAACGUCUACAGAGGACUAAAAACAACGUGGAGGAGAUACACACCAUCAUGAAGAGCUGGGCUACCCCCAUCUUUGAAAGGAAAGAGGGGAAGAAGGACGCUCUCUUAAACCUAGAUGACAAAACUGAGCGCUUGGAAAGAACGUAUGGCCAGAUCCGUGCCUCAGGAGCAAAGAUUCACGUGUUACUGAAAGAAAACUUGUCACUUUUCAAAGCUGAAUCUUCAUCUGCACAAUGGUGUUCUUAUGUGGAUUACGUUGAUGAAAUGCUAAUCGAUGGUUACUUCAGUGGUAUUGAGAGCUCCCUCAAAUUCUUUUUAGACAACACAGACCAGGGUCCUGGGUUAGCCCCACUCUUUGAAGUCCAGCUACAUCUGCAGGUUCCUGAGAUUGUAUUUCAUCCAUCUUUGGAACUAAGUGCUUCAGAAGGCUUUUAUGAGCUGGUGGAAUGUCUCAUCAACAAUAUUUUUACGAUCUCCGCUCUUGUGCCACGACUAUCUGAACACAGUGGUUUCCAACACUACCAGGCUGAUAUGGAGGACAUGACUGACUUGGCGGACAUGAGGCAGCUUCUCAUGGAGCGAAUGCAAAGAAUCAUUCGAAGGUGCUGUGAGUACCGUGACACUUUUGAGCGCUACGCCUACCUCUACGUGGAUGACAGAAAGGAGUUCAUGCGUCAGUUCUUGCUCUAUGGUCACGUUCUUACGAGUGAAGAGUUAGAGGCCUACGCAGAACAUGGGGUUCCAGAAACCCCCCCGACUCUCAACCAGUUCCGGGAGCAGACGGAUUCAUACGAAAGCUUGUAUAUGGAAGUUCUACAGCUGGAGCCCGUCCAUGUGUUUGAGGGCUGGAUGCGGGUUGAUGCAAGAGCUUUUAAAAAUGCCCUGCUCAAUAUCAUCAAGAAGUGGAGCCUGAUGUUCAAACAGCACCUUAUUGAUCAUGUAACACACAGUCUGUCUGACCUGGAGGACUUCAUCAGAUUGACUGAGAGUGGGCUCGGUAAGAAAGUGGAGGAGGGUGACUACAAAGGUUUGGUGGAGAUCAUGGGUAACCUGAUGGCGGUAAAAGAACGACAGAGCACUACAGAUGAUAUGUUCGAGCCACUGAAGCAGACCAUUGAUCUGCUAAAGACAUAUCAGCAGGAACUACCAGAUGCAGUAUACAAACAGCUGGAGGACCUGCCAGAGAAAUGGGACAGCGUGAAAAAGCAGGCUGUGAUGGUAAAGCAGCAAGUUGCCCCACUUCAGGCAAAUGAGGUGGCAAACCUGCGCAGAAAAUGUGCCACGUUCGACGUGGAGCAACAUACCUUCCGGGAGCAGUUCCGCAAGAAAGGCUUUUUCAGAUUUGAUUGUUUAAAUCCGCAUCAGAGGCUUGACACAUCCCAUAACCAAAUUCACGAGUUGGAAGCUACAAUGGCUGAGCUUAUCGAGUCAGCCAAACUUUUCGACAUCAACGUACCAGACUACAGACAACUCAAGCAGUGUCGAAAAGAGUUGCCUGUUCUCAAGGAAUUGUGGGAUAUGAUUUUAGCAGUCCAAUCCAGUUUAAAUGCAUGGGAGACCACUCCGUGGCGUGACAUAAAUGUGGAUGAAAUGGAGCUGGAGUGCAAACGUUUCUCUAAAGAGAUUCGCACGCUUGAUAAAGAGGCACGUUCAUGGGAUGCCUUUACAGGGCUGGAUAGUACCGUAAAGAACACACUCACUUCCCUACGGGCGGUCGCAGAACUUCAAAAUCCAGCCAUCCGUCCACGACAUUGGCAGCACCUGAUGAAUGCCACCGGAGUGCGCUUCACCAUGGACCAAGACACCACGCUGGCUGACCUACUUAGCCUUAACUUGCAUCACUUUGAAGAUGAGGUCAGGGGCAUUGUUGACCGGGCAGUGAAGGAAAUGGGCAUGGAGAAGGUGCUAAAUGAGCUGGACACCACCUGGUCAAGUAUGGCAUUUGGCUAUGAGGCACAUCCACGCACCAACAUUCCUCUGUUGAAGUCAGAUGGGGAACUUAUUGAAACGCUGGAGGACAACCAGGUGCAGCUGCAAAACCUCAUGUCGUCCAAAUACAUCGCUUUCUUCCUGGAGGAGGUAUCCACGUGGCAGAGAAAGCUCUCGGUGGCUGAUUCAGUGAUCUCUAUCUGGUUCGAAGUGCAGAGGACCUGGUCACACCUGGAGAGCAUCUUUAUAGGUUCUGAUGACAUUCGCUCACAGCUACCAGAGGAUUCCAAACGCUUUGAAGGCAUUGAUAUUGGUUUUAAAGAACUUUCAUACGAUGCUAAUAAAACGCCUAAUGUUGUGGAGGCUACCAACAAACCUGGACUCUACAGCAAACUAGAAGACAUGCAGAGCAGACUGGCUCUUUGUGAGAAAGCCCUGGCUGAGUAUCUGGACACCAAGCGUCUGGCCUUUCCACGAUUUUACUUCAUCUCCUCAGCAGACCUGCUGGACAUCCUCUCCAAUGGCACUGACCCUCACCAGGUUCAGAGGCAUCUGUCAAAAUUGUUUGACAAUAUGGCAAAGAUGAAGUUUGAAACGGACGCAGACGGCAACCCCACCAAAACAGGGCUCGGCAUGUUCAGUAAAGAGGACGAGUAUGUUCCAUUUAAUGAGCCUUGUGACUGCAGUGGCCAGGUCGAGGUGUGGCUGAAUCGUGUCCUGGACUCCAUGCGUGCCACUGUACGGCAUGAGAUGACAGAGGCUGUCAUGGCCUAUGAAGAGAAACCCAGGGAACAGUGGCUGUUUGACUAUCCGGCUCAGGUCGCUCUUACCGGCACUCAGAUCUUUUGGACGACAGAUGUAGGUAUUGCAUUCUCAAGGCUGGAGGAGGGAUUUGAGAACGCAAUGAAAGAAUACUAUAAAAAGCAAGUGAGUCAGUUAAACACCCUCAUCACCAUGCUUAUCGGCCAGCUCAACCCUGGAGACAGGCAGAAAGUUAUGACCAUCUGCACCAUUGACGUCCACGCGAGAGACGUGGUGGCCAAAAUCAUUGCUCAAAAGGUGGACAACUCUCAGGCUUUUGUUUGGCUGUCCCAACUCCGCCACCGCUGGGGCGAGAACGAGAAGCACUGCUUCGCCAACAUCUGCGAUGCCCAGUUUCUCUAUUCAUAUGAGUAUCUGGGCAAUACUCCAAGAUUAGUCAUCACGCCGCUUACAGACAGAUGUUACAUCACCCUGACCCAGUCACUGCAUCUCGUCAUGAGCGGAGCCCCAGCUGGUCCGGCUGGCACGGGGAAAACGGAGACCACUAAGGACCUGGGCCGAGCCCUCGGGAUCAUGGUCUACGUUUUCAACUGCUCAGAACAGAUGGACUACAAGUCCUGUGGCAACAUCUACAAAGGCCUGGCACAAACAGGAGCCUGGGGCUGCUUUGAUGAGUUUAACAGGAUAUCGGUGGAGGUGCUUUCAGUGGUGGCUGUGCAGGUGAAAAGUAUUCAAGAUGCUAUUCGAGACAAGAAGAAGAGAUUUAACUUCAUGGGUGAGGAUGUAAACCUGGUUCAGUCGGUGGGCAUCUUUAUAACUAUGAACCCUGGAUACGCUGGAAGGACUGAGCUACCGGAAAACCUCAAGGCUCUCUUUAGGCCAUGUGCGAUGGUCGUGCCAGAUUUUGAGCUCAUCUGCGAGAUCAUGUUGGUGGCUGAAGGCUUUAUUGAGGCUCGACUCUUGGCCAGAAAGUUCAUCACACUAUAUCAGCUCUGCAAGGAGUUGCUAUCUAAACAGGAUCACUAUGACUGGGGACUGCGCGCUAUUAAAUCGGUGUUGGUGGUAGCAGGUUCACUGAAGAGAGGCGAUCCUGACAGGCCCGAGGACCAGGUGCUGAUGAGAGCCCUGAGAGACUUUAACAUCCCUAAGAUCGUGACCGAUGACAUGCCUGUCUUCAUGGGCCUCAUCGGGGACCUCUUCCCGGCUCUAGAUGUGCCUCGAAAAAGGGACAUGGACUUUGAGAAAUUUGUCAAGCAGUCUGUGUUGGAUCUGAAACUGCAGGCUGAGGACAACUUUGUGCUAAAGGUGGUUCAGCUGGAGGAGCUGUUGGCCGUCCGUCACUCCGUGUUCGUGGUGGGCAACGCCGGAACCGGGAAAUCUCAGGUCCUCAAGUCUCUCUACAAGACAUAUCAAAAUAUGAAGCGCAGACCUGUGUGGGCUGAUCUCAACCCCAAAGCAGUCACCAACGAUGAGCUUUUUGGCAUUAUAAAUCCGGCCACGCGCGAUUGGAAAGAUGGGCUGUUUUCUAAUAUCAUGCGUGAGCUGGCUAACAUCGGUCACGGCGGACCCAAGUGGAUUGUCCUGGAUGGCGAUAUUGAUCCGAUGUGGAUUGAGUCACUGAACACAGUAAUGGAUGAUAACAAGGUGCUGACACUGGCAAGUAAUGAGAGAAUCCCGCUGAAUCCAACCAUGAGGCUGGUGUUUGAGAUUAGCCACCUACGCACUGCCACGCCAGCGACCGUCUCCAGAGCUGGCAUUUUGUAUAUCAACCCUGCAGAUUUAGGCUGGAAUCCACCGGUGUCCAGCUGGAUUGACAGGAGAGAAGUCCAGUCAGAGAAGGCCAAUCUGACCAUUUUGUUCGACAAGUAUCUCCCAUCGUGCCUUGAUACUCUUAGGUCAAGAUUUAAAAAGAUAAUUCCGAUACCUGAGCAGAGUAUGGUCCAGAUGCUGUGUUACCUCCUGGAGUGUCUUCUCAUCCCGGAACACACUCCUCCAGACUGCCAUAAGGAUCUCUAUGAGCUCUACUUUGUCUUUGCAGCUGUUUGGGCCUUCGGAGGGACCAUGUUCCAGGAUCAGCUCGUGGAUUACAGGGUGGAAUUCAGUAAGUGGUGGGUGACGGAGUUCAAAACCAUAAAGUUCCCGGCUCAAGGCACCGUAUUUGAUUACUACAUCGAUCCCGAGACGAAAAAAUUUGAACCGUGGACAAAAAUGAUCCCGAAAUUUGAGAUGGAUCCAGACAUACCUCUCCAGGCCUGUCUCGUCCACACUACGGAGACUAUCCGUUUGCGCUAUUUCAUGGACUGUCUGUUGGAGAGGAGGCGACCAGUUAUGCUGGUAGGCAACGCUGGCACUGGAAAGUCUGUUCUGGUUGGAGACAAACUCGGUUCCUUGGACCCUGAGAAAUACACUAUCAAAAAUGUCCCCUUCAACUACUACACUACUUCAGCCAUGUUGCAGGCUGUUCUGGAAAAACCUUUAGAGAAGAAGGCGGGGAGGAACUACGGGCCACCCGGCAGCAAGAGGCUCAUCUACUUCAUUGAUGACAUGAACAUGCCAGAGGUGGACGCGUACGGCACCGUUCAGCCGCACACCCUUAUCCGUCAGCACAUGGACUAUAACCACUGGUACGACAGGAGCAAGCUGCAGUUGAAGGAGAUCCACAAUGUGCAGUACGUGUCCUGCAUGAACCCCACCUCAGGCAGCUUCACCAUCAACCCCCGACUGCAGAGGCAUUUCUCCAUAUUUGCUCUCUCGUUCCCCGGAAUGGACGCCCUGAACACCAUCUACUGCAGCAUCUUAAGUCAACACCUCCGUGGUGAGGGAUUCCCACAAGUUCUGCAAAAGAGCUGUUCUCAGCUGGUACAUUUGGCAUUGGCAUUCCAUCAGCGUUUGACCGCCACGUUCCUGCCAACCGCCAUCAAAUUCCACUACAUCUUCAAUCUCCGUGAUCUCUCCAACAUUUUUCAGGGCAUCUUGUUUUGCACCAGUGAGUGUUUGCGGACUCCUCAGGACCUGAUCAAGAUCUACCUUCACGAGUCCAACCGAGUGUACCGCGACAAGAUGGUGGACGACAAAGAUUUUGCCACGUUUGACAAGCUCCAGUCGGAAAUGGUGAAAAAGUUUUAUGAGGAUAUGGAGGGGACCCUGGAGGAAACCAAGGUGAUGAAUAUGUACUGCCACUUUGCCACGGGCAUCGCUGAACCCAAAUACAUGGCGGUUCAGUCCUGGGGGAGCCUCAACAAGACCCUGCUGGAAGCCCUUGACAGUUACAAUGAAGUCAAUCCAGCUCUGAACCUUGUUCUCUUCGAGGAUGCCAUGUCUCAUAUUUGCCGUAUCAAUCGGAUCCUGGAGUGUCCCAGGGGGAAUGCUCUGUUGGUGGGAGUGGGAGGCAGCGGUAAGCAGAGCCUCACGAGGCUCGCUGCGUUCAUCAGCUCCCUGGAGGUCUUUCAGAUCACUCUGAAGAAAGGAUACUCCAUCCCUGAUCUGAAGAGCGAUUUGGCAGCGUUGUACAUCAAAGCUGGUGUGAAGAAUAUUGGCACGGUGUUCCUCAUGACAGAUGCCCAGGUCACAGACGAGAAGUUCCUAGUGUUGGUGAACGACCUUUUAGCAUCUGGUGAAAUCCCUGAUCUCUUUCCUGAUGACGAGGUGGAGAACAUCAUCGGUUCUUUAAGAAAUGAAGUGCGUGGCCUGGGUCUCACGGACACGAGGGAAAACUGCUGGAAGUUCUUCAUCGACCGCGUUCGUAGGCAACUCAAAGUGGCCCUGUGUUUCUCACCGGUGGGCAGCAAGCUCAGGGUACGCAGUCGAAAAUUUCCAGCAGUGGUCAACUGCACUGCCAUCGAUUGGUUCCACGAGUGGCCGCAGGAGGCCUUGGAGUCAGUCAGUCUGAGGUUCCUACAGGAAGUAGAGCAUAUCCAGCCAGAGGUGAAGGAUUCGGUGAGUAAGUUCAUGGCCUAUGUGCAUAUAAGCGUGAACAAGACCUCGAGGGACUACCUAGCCAAUGAGAGGCGGUAUAACUACACUACACCCAAGUCCUUCCUGGAGCAGAUCAAGCUAUAUCAGAACUUGCUGGCCCUUAAGAAAAAGGAUCUCUCCACCAAGAUGGAACGACUGGAAAAUGGCUUGGAGAAGCUCAACACCACCACGACUCAGGUGGAGGAUCUUAAAAAUAAACUGGCUGCACAGGAAGCGGACUUGAAGCUAAAAAAUGAGAGUGCAGACAAACUGAUUCAGGUGGUUGGUGUGGAGACAGAAAAGGUGGCCAAGGAGAAGAAAGUGGCGGAUGAAGAGGAGCAGAAGGUAGCCCUCAUCGCGAAGGAGGUGACCCGGAAGCAGCGUGAUUGUGAGGAAGACCUGGCUAAGGCUGAACCUGCUCUCAUAGCAGCCCAGGAGGCUUUAAAUACACUUAACAAGAACAAUCUGACAGAGCUGAAGUCUUUUGGUGCUCCUGUAGUUGCAGUAACCAACGUAACAGCAGCUGUCAUGGUGCUCAUGGCCCCCGGGGGUCGAGUUCCAAAGGACCGCAGCUGGAAGGCUGCAAAGGGGAUGAUGGCCAAGGUCGACGCUUUCCUAGAUGCGUUAAUUAGUUUCAAAAAGGAAAACAUCCAUGAGAAUUGUCUCAAAGCUAUUCAGCCAUACCUGGCGGAUCCGGAGUUUAAGCCCGAGCUGAUAGCAGCAAAGUCAAAUGCCGCAGCCGGUCUCUGUUCGUGGGUCAUCAACAUUGUGAAGUUUUACGAGGUUUACUGCGAGGUGGAGCCUAAGAGACAAGCCCUGAACAAAGCCGACGCCGAGCUCGCCGCUGCUCAAGAGAAGCUCUCUGUCAUCAAAGCAAAAAUCAACCAACUUAAUGAGAACUUGGCAAAGCUGACUGCGAAGUUCGAGAAAGCUACAGCAGACAAGCUGAGGUGCCAACAGGAGGCUGAGACCACAGCACGCACCAUCUCUCUCGCCAACCGCCUUGUUGGAGGUUUAGCAUCCGAAAACGUGCGCUGGGCUGUGGCGGUCAGUAACUUCAAGCUUCAGGAGAGGACUCUGUGUGGGGAUGUGCUCCUAAUAACAGCAUUUGUUUCUUAUCUUGGAUAUUUCACGAAACGGUACCGCCUUGAGCUGAUGGACAACACCUGGAGGCCUUACCUCAGCCAGCUCAAGGUGCCGAUCCCAGUAACUGAAGGGCUGGACCCCUUGACCAUGCUGACGGAUGAUGCUGACAUCGCAGUCUGGCAGAACGAAGGACUGCCAGCUGACCGAAUGUCUACAGAGAACGCCACCAUCCUUACCAGCUGCGAACGAUGGCCAUUAAUGGUGGAUCCGCAGCUGCAGGGAAUCAAAUGGAUCAAAAACAAAUACGGAGACUACCUUCGUAUCAUCAGGAUCGGACAAAGAGGUUAUUUGGACUCCAUUGAGAGGGCAUUGUCUGUAGGAGAAGUUGUCCUUAUCGAGAAUUUAGAAGAGAAUGUUGAUCCGGUGCUUAGUCCUUUACUUGGCCGUGAAACAAUCAAGAAAGGACGCUACAUAAAGAUUGGCGACAAGGAGUGUGAAUACAACCCCGAUUUUCGCCUGAUCCUUCACACCAAGCUGGCGAACCCUCACUACCAACCCGAGCUUCAGGCUCAAUGCACGCUGAUCAACUUUACAGUGACACGGGACGGACUGGAGGAUCAGCUCCUGGCGGCUGUGGUCAGCAUGGAGAGACCCGACCUGGAGGAGCUGAAGUCAAACCUUACAAAGCAGCAGAACGGCUUCAAAAUCACUUUGAAAACUCUGGAGGACAACCUUCUCUCACGCUUGUCCUCUGCUUCGGGAAACUUCCUCGGAGACAUAGAGUUGGUGGAGAACUUGGAGACGACCAAACGAACAGCAGCAGAUAUUGAAGAUAAGGUGAAGGAAGCCAAGGUGACUGAGGCUGAAAUCAAUACCGCGAGAGAGCACUACCGUCCGGCAGCGGCCCGAGCAUCGCUUCUGUAUUUUAUCAUGAACGACCUCAAUAAAAUCCACCCCAUGUACCAGUUCUCUCUCAAGGCAUUCAACGUCGUGUUUCAAAAUGCUGUACUAAAAGCCGCCCCAGAUGAGACCUUGAAACAACGGGUCUUAAAUCUGAUUGACAACAUCACAUCCUCAGUGUUCCAGUACACCACCCGCGGGCUCUUUGAGUGUGACAAACUCACCUACACCGCCCAGCUUGCCUUCCAAGUCUUGCUCAUGAGUAAAGAGAUCAAUCCAAGUGAGCUGGACUUCCUUCUAAGGUACCCGGUCCAACCUGGAUUGACCUCACCCGUGGACUUCCUGUCAAAUCACUCCUGGGGUGGAAUUAAAGCUCUCUGUAAUAUGGAGGAGUUUCGUAAUCUUGACCGAGACAUUGAAGGGUCGGUUAAACGCUGGAAGAAGUUUGUGGAGUCUGAGUGUCCAGAGAAGGAGAAAUUUCCUCAGGAAUGGAAGAAUAAAACAGCUCUUCAGAGGCUAUGCAUGAUGAGAGCUUUACGUCCUGACAGAAUGACAUACGCUGUCAGAGAUUUUGUGGAGGAGAAGCUUGGCAGUAAAUAUGUGAUGGGACGUUCGGUGGAUUUUGCUGUCUCUUUUGAAGAGUCUGGAGCCGCCACACCCAUAUUCUUCAUCCUGUCUCCAGGGGUGGACCCCCUGAAGGAAGUGGAGAAACACGGAAGGAAACUAGGAUAUACAUUCGACAACAAAAAUUUCCACAACGUGUCACUGGGCCAGGGGCAGGAAGUGAUCGCAGAACAGGCUCUGGAUUUGGCUGCAAAAGAGGGACACUGGGUCAUUUUACAGAACAUCCAUCUAGUAGCAAAAUGGCUGGGCACUCUGGAGAAGAAACUAGAACAGCACGGUGAGGGUAGCCACCAGAACUUUAGGGUCUUCAUCAGUGCAGAACCAUCGUCUUCGCCUGAGGGUCACAUCAUUCCACAGGGCAUUCUGGAGAACUCCAUCAAAAUCACAAAUGAACCGCCUAUGGGCAUGCAAGCCAACCUGCACAAAGCCCUGGACAACUUCAAUCAGGAUACCCUGGAGAUGUGCGCCCGUGAGAACGAAUUCAAAAGCAUUCUCUUUGCUCUCUGCUAUUUCCACGCCGUGGUGGCGGAGAGGAGGAAGUUCGGCCCUCAGGGUUGGAAUAGAAGUUACCCGUUCAAUACAGGAGACCUGACCAUCUCAGUCAACGUGCUGUACAACUAUCUGGAGGCCAACAAUAAGGUGCCCUAUGAUGAUUUGCGCUAUCUCUUUGGGGAGAUCAUGUACGGAGGUCACAUCACAGAUGACUGGGACCGCAGACUUUGUCGUACCUAUUUAGAAGAGUAUAUUAAGUCGGAGAUGAUGGAGGGAGAGCUGUGUCUGGCCCCUGGCUUCCCUCUGCCUGGAAACAUGGAUUACAACGGCUAUCACCAGUACAUAGAUGAUGCUAUUCCGGCUGAGUCACCCUACUUGUACGGCCUGCAUCCCAAUGCAGAGAUCGGCUUCCUCACGCAGACGUCAGAGAAGCUCUUCCGCACCGUGCUGGAAAUGCAGCCCAGAGAUGGAGGCUCCGGGGAGGGCCCGGGUGGCUCACGUGAUGACAAGGUGAAAGUCGUACUUGAUGAGAUUCUGGAGAAGCUUCCGGACGAGUUCAAUUUGACUGAGCUGAUGGGGAAGGUGGAGGAAAGGACGCCGUACAUCGUGGUGGCACUCCAGGAGUGCGAACGAAUGAACAUCCUGACGCAGGAGAUCAGACGCUCUUUAAAAGAACUCAAUCUGGGCUUGAAGGGUGAGCUCACAAUGACCAAUGACAUGGAGAAUUUACAAAACGCCAUUUAUCUGGAUCAAGUGCCUGACUCCUGGACCAAGCGUGCCUAUCCAUCCAUUUCCAGUCUGGCCAUCUGGUUUACAGACCUCCUCAGUCGCAUCAAAGAGCUGGAGACCUGGACCACUGACUUCACCCUGCCCUCUGCUGUUUGGCUAGCCGGCUUCUUCAACCCUCAGUCUUUUCUCACAGCCAUCAUGCAGUCCAUGGCCCGCCGCAAUGAGUGGCCGCUGGACAAAAUGUGCCUGCAGUGUGACGUCACCAAGAAAAACCGUGAAGACUUUAGCUCUCCGCCAAGGGAGGGCGCCUACAUUCAUGGGCUCUUCAUAGAGGGAGCAAGAUGGGAUAUACAGGCUGGAAUAAUGGUCGAUGCCCGUCUAAAAGAGCUCACACCUACAAUGCCUGUGAUCUUCAUCAGAGCCAUCCCUGUAGACAAACAGGAAACACGGAAUGUGUACCAGUGUCCUGUCUACAAGACCAGACAGCGUGGACCCACGUACGUCUGGACGUUUAACCUGAAGACCAAAGAAAAUCCAUCCAAAUGGACCUUAGCUGGAGUUGCUCUUCUCCUUCAAAUAUAGAAACUAUAAAUCAUAUUAGAAAAUAUUUAGUAGUAAUUGCAUCAAAUGCACAGAUUCCUAACAAAAUGGUUGUAAAAACAAUGUGUGCAUUCAGUUAGAUUAAAAAGCACUUUGCAAAAUAAAUUCUUCUACUGUUGUGCAUUUGUUCAGAUUUGUGACUUUCUAUGUAAGUUGCAAGUUGUAUACGAGAAGUACAAAUCUCAACCUUCUUGUAUCAUAUUGAAAUAUAUCCUGAGAAACUCUUGUGUCUGUCUGUAGAUAGUGACAAAACCUCAGCACAGUGUUUCUGUGAAUCCACAGCAGUGCAGAGGAGCCUCCUGGGUCACUUAUAUCUGUUAUUGAGAAAGCUUAACAACACGUACAGAGACCGAGCUAUGAAACGCAGGGCCACGGGAAACGCGAA